AUGUCGCGUUCCGAUACCGACGGACGCGACACCAGUUUUGCAAGUCGCAACGGUGUUGGCGGUUCGCAACUUUCUGAGCCUCCUUCACAGCGUCGCGAGCGACCCGAUUACGGGUAUGCAGUGGAAGAGACCCACCGACCUCACACGGCACAGGAACGAUUCCCGGAUUCGCAUGGUCAGCGUUCAGCUCCUGAUCUGUACUCGCGCGACUCGGACCGAUUUUCCUACCAUAGAGGUGACACUUUGACGCCAGCGCAGGAGAGGUCUUACCAGCGCGAGCUCGAAUUGAUGAAGGCUCGCGGAGAGCAAGAGCGCUCGUACGGUGGCGCUUCAGCAUCACGGUCAAGCCGUCCAUUAGAAGCAGAUCACCAUUAUGGGGGCAUGCCUCUGACACGUGGCUUGGUCGACGACUUCGCACCCGAACCAAUGGCGAGCAGCGGAAGACCCAAUCUCGAGGGGUUCUCGCGCGUCGAGAACGGUAGGCGGUAUCGACUGGUCGUGGUUCAGCAUCCGAGUCGUGCGCGAAUGUGUGGCUUCGGCGACAAGGAUCGACGUCCGCUCAGUCCGACGCUAAUUGUCAAACUAAUCAUCACUGAAGAAGCGACGGGCGAAGAGAUCAGUCCGUGCGAAGUCAACACGUCGCUCUUCCUGCUCGCUACAGAUCUUUGUCAUCCGGACGAUCUCAUGCUUGCACCAAGAAAUAUUCUUGUGCAUCAUCAUGCCUCUUCGCUUUCCUCUAAUCCCAUCCAGCAUGGCGGUGCCGGUGGAUAUGCAACCGACGAAUUUGGGCAUCGAUCCGGUUCAAGUUUGGGCAACUUUGCUGCUGACGGUGGUGGUCCUUGCGAUGAUGGCUAUCGCUCCAGCACUCAUCCGCAGCAUGCGUCCGAAUCUACAGGAGCAGCAGCGUUGCCGUUGUCCUCGUCGUCAAUGAACCCCUACGAUCGAUCACCUCACGCAUCGUCAUCGAUCCAGUUUGGCGGCGGCGGCAAUUUUGCGCAGCAGAGCCAAGCAGAAUCGUACACCCGAAAUCUAGUGGGAGCUGCCGUAGCCAGCGCCUCGGUGCUCAAGGAUGAGCAAGACAAGUGGUGCACAUUCUUCGUCUUCCAAGAUAUUUCGGUCCGCACCGAGGGUGUUUACCGCAUCAAGCUCAUGUUUGUGAAUCUCGAAGUAAGCGGUCGUGUGGGAACGGGUGUCGCUGACGCACUCGCAGAAACCUACACGGACGCUUUCACCGUCUACUCUCCACGACGUUUUCCUGGAAUGUUGGAUCCAACACCGCUUUCUCGAAAACUGGCCUCGCAGGGUAUCAAGAUUCCUGUUAGAAACGAUAAAAAGAAGCAACGCAGGCGUAAUGACGAAGGAGGUGACGGCAUGGGCGAUUACGAUGGAGCGUCUGGUGGUGACGAAGACGACGAGUGA